UGAUGUAUGAACGUGAUGACCUGGAGCACUGUUCUCUUCCGCCUCCAUGAGGCGUUCAGGAACACCCGGACUUUAAACAUCCAGGCUGCUAAAGUACUCCACUUCCUCAAACUGCAGAUAGUUUGUUUUGGUGCUUUGGAUCUGCAAAGGAGCAGUGGUUUGGUUCCGAUUCGGCCCAGAGGAGGGGGGACCAUGGUGUUUGAGGACAUCCAGUACGAUGAUAUCCUGUUCGAAGCGGCUGUGGGCAGAGGGACCUUCGGUGUGGUCUUCAAGGCUGUUUGGAGAGGAAAAGAUGUGGCCAUCAAGACCAUCGAGAGCGACGCAGAGAGGAACGCCUUCCUGGUGGAGCUCCGGCAGCUUUCCCGGGUCAGUCAUCCCAACAUUGUGAAGCUGUACGGCUCCUGUGACGACCCGGUUUGUCUGGUGAUGGAGUACGCAGAAUGUGGCUCUUUAUACAACCUCCUGCACAGCGCCGACCCGCUGCCUCACUACACGGCCGCCCACGCCAUGAGCUGGUGCCUGCAGUGCGCGGACGGCGUGGCCUACCUGCACAACAUGAAGCCCAAAGCUCUGAUCCACAGAGACCUCAAACCGCCAAAUCUGUUGCUCGUUGCUCGGGGAACUGUGCUGAAGAUCUGUGACUUUGGAACAGCGUGCGACAUCCAGACCUACAUGACCAACAACAAGGGCAGCGCCGCCUGGAUGGCUCCCGAGGUGUUUGAAGGGAGCAACUACAGCGAGAAGUGUGACGUGUUCAGCUGGAGCAUCAUCCUCUGGGAGGUCAUCGCCCGCAGGAAGCCCUUCGAGGAGAUCGGUGGAUCGGCGUUCUGCAUCAUGUGGGCGGUGCACAGAGGAACUCGUCCUCCUCUGAUCAAGGAUCUCCCGGAACCCAUCGAGACACUAAUGACCCGCUGCUGGGACAAAGAGCCUAGUCAAAGGCCGUCUAUGAACGAGAUCCGGGACACCAUGAGCAGCUUGAUGAAGUACUUCCCAGGUUCUGAUGAACCCCUCGAUCUUCCUCACCAGUCUUCAUCAUCCAACAGAAGUGGCUCCUCAUCCGCAACAAGCACAGGCUCGUGUGCCGAUGGAACCAUUGACAGCAAACACAGAUCUGCAUCUGGUGGCGAGGAAACGCUGCAGAGCUCUGAGAACAGAAUCCCGCUGCAGGUCAGAACUCCAAAGACUGCGUCACGGUGGGCCGCUGUCUCCAGAACCUCCAGCUUGGAGAGUCAAAGCCCCGCCCACUUCAGCAGCUCUGUCAACACCUGCAGCCAAUCAGAGCUGAGGAUGACCAUUAGCCCCACAGGUACCGAGGGAUCAGAAAGCCCGGUUCCCUCCGUCUACCUGAAAUUGGACCAUCAGUUGCAGCCUUUGGCUCCUUGUCCAAACUCCCGGGAGUCCAUGACUGUGUUUGAGCAGCACAUACGAAUGGCUCAGGAGUAUCUGAGAGUCCAAUCCGAGAUCGCACACCUGCUGAACAGGAAAGAGGAGCUCAUAGCGGAGCUGGAGCAGGAGCAGAAGGAGCAGCAGACCUCUUCACGCCUCAUACAGGAACACAACAAGCUGCUGGAGGACAACAGCAGCCUGUCAGCCGUCUGCCAGGACCUGAGGAGCAGACUGAGUCUGAUCCAGAGUCAGAACCAGCCCUACAGCUGAGGCCCAGCAUGUUCCUGCCUCUGAUUCUGCUCAGAUGUAAUGUAUUAGGUCCAAAUCUGCAUCACCCUGGAGCUGUUUCUUCAGCAGCUCACCAGCAGUUUGUAGGGGAGCCGGUCCAGAGCGAAACUGAUCCUGAGGUGAAGAGAUUAACUUCACAAUUAGAUCUGAAAGAACUGAUCAUCCUCAGAUCAGCUAAAGAACUACAGAUCUAAAAGCUGGAGGAAUGUGAGCACUGAUUUUACUAAGGUUCCCCCACUGAACUUCUUAAAUUAUCUACUUAUACUUUUGUAUUUUUAUACUUUUUAUUUCUACCCAUUCAAACUGACUGCAAAAGAGAAAAAAACUUUCCUUUACAAAAUGUUGAACAAAAUAAAUUUUACACCAAACUUUA